AUGACCACAGAGGAUAUCGCCAAAUUCUCCAGCUUUGAUGACUCCCACCAACGACUAUCUGGAGAAGCAUCACACUCUAAGUUCGGUCUCUCCCCGGCGCCUCGGAACCAUGGUCACGUCAUCUCGACGGGUCUGCAGCGUCUAGACGCUGCUCUGAGCCUGCCUGUAGAACUACGGUCAUCACCGUGGGGAUUGGCUCCAAGUCAGAGCAUCUAUGGCCCCGGUGUGCCGGAGGAUGAGCGUACGACGGGGGUGCAGAGAGGCGCGGUGACAGAGAUUGUUGGGCCUAGGGGUACUGGCAAGACUGUGCUAGGGCUGAGUUUGGCCGCUGAGGUUUUGUGGAUGCAACAAAAUGUUGUAUGGAUUGAUACUGCCGGCCCAAUGUGUUCAGCCCGUCUAGACGCCGUGCUGGAAGGCAAAAUCAAUGGAUCAGGAACUGGGUCGUCUUCGAUACCCAUAAGCAAAGAAGACUGCCUAACACGACUCUUGCAUUUCCAUCCUCCAUCUAUCGCACAUCUAAUGGCCUUGAUAACUCGACCUCCUCCUGGUUUUCCACCCAAGAAUACUGGCCUCAUAGUGGUUGAUUCUAUAUCGUGCCUGUUCGCUGCGGAAUUCCCCCCGAGACUACCUAAGCAUCUGCGCAAAAAGAUGCCCCGCAAGCAAAAGGCCAAAUUAGACGAUGAUUCGGAUUUUUACUUCAACAUCAUCGGAACCUUGGUGUCGAGCCUGCGCAAGCUUGCUAUACGGCUCAACUGUGCGGUCGUAGCUAUCAACGAGAUGGCUUCACGAUUUCAGCCGAAACGCACGCCGAUGCUCCAUGAAAUGAUUACGGGCUUUACUUGGGAUGCUGGUGUAGCUUCGAGUAUUCUUUUAUACUGGCAUUGGCUACCCUUGGAGAUGCGAGAGCGCGAAGGAAUGAAAAGUGUUCGUAUCGCAGAGGUGCGGAAGGUCGAUAGUAUAGGCCCUUUAGAAAGGUCAACGAAAAGGAUUGUUCCAUUUAUAAUCGAGAACACCCGACUGCGAGAAUUUUUGGAUGAGGACUCGAUAUCUGUAUCCUCCGACAUUCUGGGCUCAACGCCUCUUUCUGGAACCGCGAAGAGGAAGCUCGAAGAGGUCGACAGCUCCGCGGAUGACCACAACGUGAAAAUGAAGCCAACCGUGGAGGUCAACAGCGCAGAUGAGGACUACGACGAUGACGAUGAGAUCCUUGAUCCGCUUCCUAACGUGAACGACAAGGAGUACGAAGUUCCAGAUAGCGAAAGUGACCUCGCUGUGUCUGACAUGCAAUCCCCUCAUUCAGACAUUCCACUAGAGGAGCUAGAUAGGGACAUGGAUGAAUUCGUGCACAAAGAUUUUCGUAUUCGUAUUGCCCAGACACAUGGAAUGCAAGGGCCACCAAUCAGCAGUCGCCGAAAUGCAGGUGGCCCAACCGAGGUCGCGCGAACCUUAAAGCCCACUGGGCCCCACGAGCAUAAUGCACCAGCCAAUGGGCAGCCGGCGUGCGGUGGGGCCGGCGAUUCUGUUGGGGAAGCCAAAAUCGGCGCCGCGACUGCGACAUCAACGCGCGGUGCGGAGAGCGUGGCGGGCGGCAUUAUUACAGCCAGCAGCAUUCGUGAAGUCGCCAGGAAACCUGUUGCCAGAAGGCCUGAACCAGGCCCGACGCAGCGUGGGCAAGAAUCGGAGAACUGUGCGCAAGAGGCCCUAUCUACCACCUACCAGGAGACACGUCCUAUCGCCAUGGCUUCCCACGAAGCCGUGGUUGCGGAGUCGUCGAAGCAGGCGGGCGCUGCUCCCGCUGAGACUCAGCAACCCCAGACCACAGAUCCUAAUGUGAAGUCACACAUCACAGAUACACCCAUGACGUUGUCGAAUUGGUACCAACAUGUCCACUGGUUGAACGUCGUUCUGAUCCUCGCUGUUCCUAUGUACGGAUGUUACCAGGCCUUCUAUACGCCCCUUCAGCUGAAGACUGCCAUCUGGACAACCAUGUAUUAUUACAUGACUGGAAUUGGUAUCACUGCGGGUUACCAUCGACUAUGGGCUCACUGCUCGUAUUCUGCCACGCUCCCAUUGAGAAUUUAUCUGGCCGCUGUUGGAGGUGGUGCCGUCGAAGGGUCAAUCCGAUGGUGGGCUCGUGACCAUCGUGCUCACCACAGAUACACAGAUACCGAUAAAGACCCAUACUCCGUCCGCAAAGGCCUCAUCUACUCUCAUAUCGGCUGGAUGCUGAUGAAGCAAAACCCAAAGCGUAUCGGCCGCACAGAUAUUACUGAUUUGAACGAGGACCCUGUCGUCGUCUGGCAACAUAAGAAUUAUAUUAAGGUUGUCAUCUUCAUGGGCAUAAUCUUCCCAACACUUGUUAGUGGACUUGGCUGGGGAGACUGGUGGGGCGGCUUCAUCUAUGCUGGUAUCCUUCGAGUCUUUUUCGUCCAGCAGGCCACUUUCUGUGUCAACUCUUUGGCCCACUGGAUCGGAGAACAGCCGUUUGAUGACCGCAACUCCCCGCGUGACCACGUCCUGACAGCUCUGAUCACCAUGGGUGAAGGUUACCACAACUUCCAUCAUGAAUUUCCUUCCGAUUAUCGUAACGCUAUCGAAUGGCACCAGUAUGAUCCCACCAAGUGGAUUAUCUGGGUAUGGAAGCAAUGCAGACUUGCAUACGACUUGAAGCAAUUCCGUGCCAAUGAGAUCGAAAAGGGACGUAUCCAGCAGCUGCAGAAGAAGAUCGACCAGAAGCGUGCUGCUCUUGAUUGGGGUAUCCCUCUUGAGCAGUUGCCAGUUAUGGAAUGGGACCAGUAUGUCGAAGAAGCCAAGGGUGGCCGUGGCCUUGUCGCCAUCGCCGGUGUCGUCCACGAUGUCAGCGACUUCAUUAAGGAUCACCCAGGUGGCAGAGCCAUGAUCAAUGCCGGUAUUGGCAAAGACGCUACUGCUAUGUUUAACGGUGGCAUCUACAACCACUCCAAUGCUGCCCAUAACCUGCUAUCGACAAUGCGAGUGGGUGUCAUCCGCGGCGGCUGCGAAGUCGAAAUCUGGAAGCGAAUCCAACUCGAUCACAACAAGUCUCUCGGAUUCCGUGACGAUGCGGGACAGAGAAUCAUCCGGGCGGGCCAGCAAGUGACCAGGGUACCCGAGCAUGUCCUUAGCGCUGGCGCUGCAUAA